UCUUUUUUUACCAGAAAAUCAGAAAGCAGUUAGAUCGGAGUGUCGUACUGAAUUCAACUAACUUCCCGGUAAACGCAACCGGAAUCGGUCAUCUUCCGCCACAAUCAGUACAAACUCGUCGUGGCAUUGUUGCGAGAUUUUCAAAUUCCACAUUUUUGCAGAAAGUUCUGCAAUCAAGUGAAUUCGGUAUUGUAGGUUUUCAGCUAAUGGUGAAAACAAAUAAGAAGAGCACAGGAAAAUCUCCUGGUAAAGGUUGCCUUGUCGAUUCUCCAGCUUGUGAUAAUCAGCAUGAGGAUAGUGAUUGGAUUAUAGUUAAAAAGCAGAGAGUCAUCAUUCUGGUUCCUGCACCUGAAAGAUCCUCAACAGAAAAUGAAGAGCCGAAUCACAAGCAUCCUAUGCCUCCUGUAACGUCAAGUAACCAUGAGGAACUUCCCGAGGAGACACCUAAUGAAAAUCCUUCUUGUAGUGAACAAGAGAAGACCAUUUCAUUGGCUGUCCAAAAGGAGAUUCGUACUGUGAGAAGAGCUCCUCCUCCCUUAUUACUGGAAUCACCUUCAGUCAAUCUACCACAGGUAGAUCAAAGAAUAGAAUCAGAAAAUCCGCAUCAACUGAGUAGUAGUUUGAAGUCCCAAAGAUUAGUUGGAGUAUCGAAUACAUCAAAUUUUAUAAAGCAGCCAAGAACAUUACUUGCUCCAAAAAGGUUCUCCAACUUGGCAACUUUGAAUCAAGGUCUGAGAGCAUCAAAUCUCCAGAGAAAGCUUGAAAGAGCUGGUGGGUUGAACAAGUGGCUGGCAUCACUUGGACUGGAGCAGUUUGUGAGAAUGUUUCAAGGAAAAAUUAUAAGUAAGUAUCAGCUUGUGAAUCUAACCAUGAAAAAACUCAAGGAUAUGGGUGCCAGUGCGGUGGGACCUCGCAGGAAACUAAUCCAUGCCAUGGACUGUGUUUGCCAGCCAUAUUGCUUUGAGGCGUUAUAGAAGCCAACAUUUCACGACAUGAUACAAAUGUAAAACUUAUUUUUUGGGCGCACUCGUGAUCACGGCACUUGAGUUUCAAAUAGUGUUUGAACUUUGAAGAAAUUUCUACUCUCUGUAUGACUGUAUUAGCUGUAUAUACUUAUGAUUCAUGAAUUAUGAGCAAAUAUUAUAUAUGAGUGGAGGGGAGAGAUUCACUGAGAUAUACUGUGUUUGGUUGAAA